AUGUUUGUAAAUCGAGACAUCACAUCCGAUCAGCCGAACAUUCCGUUAGACCAAUCGCGAAUUCCUAUGCCACCUAAUGGCACACUGGCAGAUCCAGCCUUUGCAGAUUGUCGGAAAAUAGAUUUACUCAUAGGCGCGGGUCUAUUUUGGAGAUUAUUGUGCAUAGGUCAACAUCAAGCAGAAAGGGAGUUGGUGUGGCAAAAGACCCAACUCGGGUGGGUGCUCGGAGGUAAAUUAACCUGGCCACAAGGUCAUCAGGAAGCAGUCAGUAAUUGUUGCGUGGUGACUAAUUCACAAUUACACAAUCAAUUAGAGCAGUUCUGGAAGAUAGAAGAAGUCAGCGACAUUCAGAAUGUAGGCUCAGACGCGUGCGAGCAUUAUUUUCAGACUAUAACGACGCGUCACACGGAUGGUCGAUAUAUAGUUAGAAUUCCGUUUAAGGAGAAUAUCACACAGCUAGGGUAUUCGAGGGAUCAGGCUGAGCGUAGACUGCGGUCAUUAGAAAGGAAGCUUGGGAAACAGCCUGAUUUGCGGGCACAGUACAUAGAGUUUAUGUCGGAAUAUGAAAGCUUAGGGCAUAUGUCCAAAAUGUCAGAAAUCGUAGAUAAUUCCCAUACAGGUUUUUAUCUUCCGCACCAUGCCGUAUUCAAGGCGCAAAGUACGACCACAAAACUUCGCGUUGUCUUCGACGGAUCAGCAAAGUCAUCAUCGGGGUUAUCAUUAAAUGACUGUCAAUUAAUAGGAUCUCCCGUGCAGAACGAUCUAUUGUCGAUCCUGCUUAGGUUUCGUAAGCAUAGGUAUGUGAUUUCAGCGGACAUCGCAAAAAUGUACCGCCAAAUUCUGGUACACCCAGAAGAUAGGAAAUUUCAGCGACUUCUAUGGCGCUCAGACCCACAACAACCGGUUGGGCUUUUUGAACUCAACACGGUUACCUACGGUACCGCAUCAGCCCCGUUUCUAGCCACACGGGUGUUGAAACAAAUAGGGCUUGAUUGUGAAGGAGUUCAUCAAGGUGUUAGUCGGAUCAUCAUAAAUGAUUUUUAUGUCGACGACCCUCUGACGGGAGCCUCCUCCAUUGCAGAGGCCAAAGAGAUUAAGCAGGUUCUUACCACUAUUCUGGAACAGGCAGGGUUUCCCCUGCGUAAAUGGGCAUCGAAUUGCAUCGAAUUUUAUCAGAAAAUGACGCCCCCGAUUCAAGCAAGCAGAUAA